ACCUUUGUCACGGUGGGAGUAAGCGACAGCCAAAUAACGACCUUAAAAUACGAACGAGAGAGGCUGGCCGACGCGUUCACCCCUCUCUCGACGCAAACCCGACAGGAGGGGAGAUUUCGGGGGGAAUUGGGAUCCCAUCGCGAUGUCGUACGCGUACCUCUUCAAAUACAUCAUCAUCGGCGAUACAGGAGUGGGGAAAUCAUGUCUUCUUCUGCAAUUUACGGACAAGCGUUUCCAACCAGUACAUGACUUAACAAUUGGUGUUGAAUUUGGAGCCAGAAUGAUAACCAUUGACAACAAGCCCAUCAAGUUGCAGAUCUGGGACACGGCAGGUCAGGAAUCGUUUAGGUCAAUUACCAGAUCCUAUUAUAGAGGUGCAGCUGGUGCACUGCUUGUCUACGACAUCACUAGGAGGGAGACAUUCAAUCAUCUUGCAAGCUGGCUCGAAGAAGCAAGGCAACAUGCCAAUUCUAAUAUGACAAUCAUGCUAAUUGGUAACAAAUGUGACCUGGCUCACAGAAGAGCUGUCAGCACUGAGGAAGGAGAACAAUUUGCCAAAGAGCAUGGAUUAAUCUUCAUGGAGGCCUCAGCAAAAACUGCACAGAAUGUUGAGGAGGCAUUUAUUAGCACUGCAGCAACAAUAUACAAAAAAAUCCAGGAUGGCGUGUUUGAUGUAUCAAAUGAGUCAUAUGGAAUCAAAGUCGGAUAUGGAGGAACUGCAGCUCCAUCAGGGGGAAGGGAUGGGUCCUCAGCUCAAGCUGGUGGUUGCUGCAGUUGAGCUCCUGCAUCAGAAAAAGAAAUCCUGCAGCCGAUACUAUUCCUUAUUUGUUAUCGGUAUCCUCCUAAUUGAUAUACUGUGUUUGCUGGUUGUUGGUUCCAUCUAGAUGCUGGAGUGUUGAAUGUGCAGCAUGGCAGACAUUAUAUCAUCCCCAUGUACGUCUAUCAUGGCGAUCCACCAGUUAAUGCCCACUCAUU